CCGAUCAUUGAGCAGGUUGCAGGGGAACCAGUUACAUGUUAUAGAAAACUUGACAGUAGUUUUGUAUUUGGCCGGAGAUUUUAGUCAAAUUUAGAUCUGAGGAUGGGGGACUCCACCCCCUCCCACGGCACGGGGACCACGGAUUAUGACUACCUCAUCAAGUUCCUAGCCCUCGGAGACUCUGGUGUAGGGAAGACCAGUUUCCUUUACCAAUACACAGAUGGACAGUUUAACUCGAAAUUUAUAUCAACCGUAGGCAUUGACUUCAGAGAAAAGCGUGUGGUUCAUCGUGUUCCGGGGGCUGAUGGGUCAGUAGGGCGGAGUCAGAGAAUCCACCUUCAGUUGUGGGACACAGCAGGUCAGGAAAGAUUCCGUAGCUUGACGACGGCUUUUUUCCGCGACGCCAUGGGCUUCCUGCUCCUGUUUGACUUGACCAAUGAGCAGUCCUUCAUGAACAUUAGGAACUGGAUUGCCCAGCUGCAGACGCACGCGUACUGCGAGAACCCUGACAUCAUUCUGUGCGGGAACAAGUCUGAUCUCGAGGACCAGAGAGCCGUGACUGAACAAAGGGCUAAGGAGCUUGCAGAGAAACAUGGUUUUUCGUACUACGAGACAAGUGCAGCCACAGGGCAGAAUGUGGCUAAGAGCGUCGAGGCUUUACUAGAUCUGGUAAUGCAUAGAAUGGAGCACUUCAUCGGCAAGAAAGACAUCCCGACCAAAAAUGGCCACAGGUUACGUCCCCACCAGAACGUCGACGAAGCGGGAGGAGAGAGCAAAUGUGCCUGCUGAUCUGUUACAAGUCAAGUGUUAAAUGUUUAUAUUUCAAGUUGUCAGAAUAUCUUACUCUGCUUUCUGAUUGGUCACGCCACAGACACGGUACAGUACAUGUAUGCUUGACCAGUGAGAAAAGCUGGGAGAGCUCAUGGAUUGGUCAGUAGGACAGGUCACUUUGAUCCGUCAGAUUAUCUGGAGCACUUGUUAGCUGUAGGGUAGUGUGAAAACCUAUUUUGAAUGGUCAAAAUGCCUUACUGCCUUUUUGCCGUUUUUUUUUUUUUUUAACACAUCAGUGGUCACGGUUGAUUGGCCUUGGUUCACUAGUGCGAGUCUUGUGUUUUUUUUUGAUUGUUCUGGAUGCUGUCUUAUUGGUAAAUUGUCAGACUUUUUUUCCCUGGUCAAAAUCACCUACUCUUUUCAUUGGGAAUUCGAGCUGGAAUUGUUUUGUUGCCACAUUCCUGCUGUGUCUUGUGACUUCUAAAAAAUGUUAGGCAACUUUUGUUGACAUUAAUUCACCGAUCACCCUUUUCCGGAGGCACAAAUAACACCUUGUUCCUUUACGAACUCCUCAAAUUCACAAACGUUCAGAUUCUCAGUUUUCUCAAUCAUUCGUCUCUAAAUUACUUUUGUGGAACUUUUUUCGGAUGCCCAUGUCAUAGUAAAUGUGAUCCAAAAUAGUUGCCUAACAUUUUUGACAGGCUACAUGAGACAGUUGAACUUUUUUUACCUUCAUCAAUAGAAGAGUUCGAACUCGAAACUUCCCUAUUGGUCAGAGUGAUUACUGGUUUAUUGUUCACUAAUUGAUAAGCAAGAAAGUCAUCAAAUGUCUGAUUGGUCAGGAUGUCCAUGCGAUGAUUCGCCAAAGAUAAGCAGAUCAGUCUACAGGUUCCGAAUUGUUUUUUUUUUUUUGAUGGGGUUUUUGUAAAAGUUGUGUUGAAAAAGAGUGUUGAUUUAUUGGUUUUCCUGAUUGGUCCUUCCACAUGUAUCUUGAAAGCUGAUUGGCUUGCUACACAUGCACUUAAUUCUGCUCUGUGAAAAACAGUGUUUAAAUUGAAGAUCUCAAGAGAUUUCCGUGACUUCCAAUGUCAUGCUUCUUUUACAUUCUUUUGCCUAUAAAUAUGGCACUGUAUUAUUCAGACUGCAUGUUAAACCAGACAAGGUCGCACUUGUGGAUUCACCUGUCAAAAGCUAAUCUUGCACUUUUGUCAUAGCACCUGUUGUAUCACAAGGGAGGUAAUUCAGUGAAGACCUGGUAACCAUUUUGGCUGGAAUACU